AUGGCCUGUUUUUCUUCCAAUCAUUACCAGAAGAAUCAAAAUGGCUUUAAAAAAUCCCAAGUAGCGGUUUUGAUGGUGCCUCUACCAGCACAAGGCCAUCUCCACCAGCUCCUCCACCUCUCCCGCCUCAUCGCCGCCUACAACAUACCCGUUCACUAUGCUACCACCGCCACCCACAACCGCCAGGUGAAGCUACGCUCCAUCAUUGACGACCGAGACUCUCUCGUUCAUUUCCAUGAAUUCCCAAAUCCAGAAUUUCAAUCUCCUCCUCCUAACCCUAAUUCCAACAACAAAUUCCCAUCACAUCUUCAACCUUUGUUUGAUUCACUCUCUUACCUCCGCCUGCCAGUUUUCUCUCUCCUACUUUCUCUUUCACCUACUGCACACAGAGUUAUUGUUAUUCAUGACUCUUUAAUGUCAUCUGUUGUUCAAGAUUUCAGUUCAAUAUCAAAUGCUGAAUCCUAUGUUUUUCAUAGUGUGUCAGCAUUUGCCAUGUUUGGGUUUUUCAGGGAAACCAAGGAAAAGUCUUUUCCAGUUGAAGACAAGAUUCUUGAAAAAACCCCUUCACUUGAAAAUUGCUUUACAAUAGAAUUUCUUGAUUUCAUUGCCACUGAACAUAAAUUUCAAGAGUUAAGUUCUGGAAUUCUUUACAAUUCCUGUAAAGUUAUAGAAGGACAAUACAUUAAUUUACUCGAAAAAGCAUUAAAUAAAGGGAAUAAAAAGUAUUGGCCUAUAGGGCCAUUCAAUCCAGUGGAGUUGGCGAAUACAAAAAAUGGCAAUGGCCGCCAUAAAUGCUUGGAAUGGCUUGAUAAACAAGCUCCAAAAUCUGUAGUUUAUGUUUCUUUUGGUACAACGACUUCAUUAACGGAUGGACAAAUCAAAGAACUCAAAAUCGGGUUAGAACGAAGCGAAGUGAAGUUCAUUUGGGUGUUGAGAGAUGCAGACAGAGGAGACAUUUUUGCAGGCGAAACGAGCACAGUUGAUUUGCCUCAUACUAUCCAAUUUACCUUAUCAAAUACUCCAGAAGCAUACGAAGAGAAAGUUAGGGGCCUUGUAAUGAGAGAUUCGAAUACAGAUACACCAGAGGGUACUAUCGAGUAUGCCUUACCAAAUACUUCAGAACUGUACGAUGAUCGAAUACGAGAUAGGGGCAUUGUGGUGAGAGAUUGGGCACCCCAGUUGGAAAUUUUAAGGCAUCCAUCAACAGGAGGAUUUAUGAGUCAUUGUGGAUGGAAUUCAUGCAUGGAGAGCAUUACAAUGGGGGUGCCAAUUGCUGCAUGGCCAAUGCAUUCUGAUCAGCCAAGAAACAGUAUUUUAAUUACAGAAGUGCUAAAAAUUGGUUUAAGUGUGAAGAAUUUGAGUUGCCAAGAUGAAACUGUAGAUUCAUCAACAAUUUCGAAAGUACUGAAAACAUUGAUGGGAUCAAAAGAAGGAGACGAGAUAAGGCAGAGGGCGGCAGAAUUAGGCGUCGCUGUUAGGGAAUCGGUGGCGGAAGGUGGCGCCACCCGCAUGGAGUUGGAUUCUUUUAUUGCUCACAUUAGUAGAUAA